UUUCUUAGACCUGUGAUUUAGAAAUCACCAUGACCGCUGUGUGUUGAUAGAUGUAUAUAUAAGGAGAGUUGAAGUAGGAAAACAACAGUUUACACUGUAUACUUAAGACAAGCGGACUUAAGACAAUUCGAGGAGUUCUGGAUUGAUUAUUUUUAAAACCAAAGCACGUUAUACGUUAUAAGUUAAAAUGGAUAUUCGAGUGUAUAGCAUCAUGUUUGCAUCUGUGUUUGCAUUAAGUUCUGUCAGCAGUGAGAACAUACAAUGCCCCCAGUGUAUGCACAUGGGCUACACGUUCACUAACAUGCCAUCUAUGUACAAGAGCAUUAUCGGCGGAGUGCUUGCCUCCCUCAACCUCUCUAACCCCGCGUGCCAGUAUAACACCCUGCUGCCCGACCCCUGUCCCGCCCCCGGGGCCGGUAACCGCUCCAAGUGUGAGACCUUCGUCUUCAAAGUGAUUGGGGUCGGUUUCUCAACCGCCCUACCGACCGCUGGUAUGACUGUGGAUGUCGUGUCGCGGAGCUGCGCAGAGCGUCCGGUGGCGGAGCCGGACACGUGCAUGGAUGUGGAUGACAUGGGUGCCACUAACCCUGAACUUGGGGCCGCCCUCGCUCGGAUGACAUCGCGCCUCAACACUGUCAACUACACCGGGGAGCAGUGCUUCACAAGCGCCAAUGGUUCAGAAACUAUCACCCCCGAACCCCACGUCACAGAGGUCCCAAACACAACGCAAAGACCCACAACAGGUUCUUCUCUCGCGGCAAGCACCACCGCUGUUCAUGUUGCCGCAAACACCACCGCUGCUCCUGUUGCCGCAAACACUACCGCUGCUCCUGUUGCCGCAAGCACCACCGCUGCCCCUGAACCUACAGCGGUGUCCAUGUCGACCUAUGCUCAUGGUUGCUCUGAGUGCUUCCAUAUCGGCAUGCAGACCAAGAACAUGCCCGCAUUCGCCACGCAAAUGAUGACAACCAUACUGAACUCCAUGAACCUAACAAACCGCGCAUGUGCGAACAACACUGUCCCGCCCAGCACCUGUUCGGCCGCCUUCCCCGGCACAAUCAACAAAUGUCACGACGUCGCUUUCAGCGUCCACGCCGUUGGAAUGACAGGCGCCAUACCAGAUGCGGAGGUUCACAUGGACGUGAUAGUGCGUGGAUGCGAGGCGGUGCCGUUGGCCGAGGCCGCGGACGGCUGCUCUCCCGUACAGAAGGCCCUUGACGCAGCCUCCAUGGCGCAAGUGAUGACCAGCAUCAAGCAGAUGUCCGACAGGUUUGACAAGGUCACGUACAACGGUACUUCCUGUUUGUUUCCAGUGGGCUCCAAAGCUCCAACUGUGGAACCAACUCCAAUCCCAACCACAACCCCAGUCCCAACCACAACCACGAUCACAACCACAACCACGAUCACAACCAAGGCCACUUCUACUGAACAGACGACUGCUGGUCAAAUUACAAAGAACAAUGAUACAUCCGACGGAAGUGGUUCAUCUCAAAUAAGUUUAUCGUUCGUGUGUUUGAUGUUAAUGUACAUUUUACAUUUGUGAUAUAACCAUUGUUACAUAUUCCCAUCAUCAUUUUCAUUGUGAUUAAUUGCAUAAUGGUUUCUAUUCUGUUAUUUACAUGCCAUUAUUUUGUACUUGCCGUGACAACAUGUUAUAAUUGUUUUUGUUUUUUUUGUGCUCAAAAUUGUUAAAUAAACAACAAAUAUUUUCAUAAAUCUCUAGUCGACUUCUGGAUAAACGUAAAACGAG